CAUUGAGAAAUGAUUAACAGAAUGACAACAGGAAGACCUCAAACGACGUUACAGCAUCAAGAAAAGAAUAAACCCGUGACAGCGGCUUUCAAUUUAGGAUGUUAGAUAGAUUCACUAGAUCCAUCUGCUGUUCAUAAAACUGUCGGCGCCAGGUUUCUGAUGCCCAUGUUCUCUCUGACAGAACAUGAACAACCUGAGGUUUGGUUUUUGUCCAAAAGGCGCUAUCACUAUACGUGUGCUUAUAUGUGCAUGUUUUGUAUGUGUACAAGGAUUUGACUCUCUCCUUCAGCUCCCGCAAUCCGCGCCAUCAAGAAUCCGACCCAGUUCCAAAAGGGUCCUUCUUGUCGGUGAUUUUGGUGCGAAAGGAGAUGGUCUUAGUAAUGAUACUCAGGCUUUCAAAGAAGUUUGGGAGAUGGCUUGUUCUUUCCGGGGUCGAACCAGGAUUUUAAUUCCAGCUGGUUAUAAUUUUCUGGUCCAUCCGGUUGAUUUCGGAGGGCCUUGUAAAUCAAAGGUCAUUCUUGAUAUCUCUGGUACGAUUGUUGCUCCUGAAGACCCUGCUGCUUGGAAAGGUUUAAAUCGUCGCAAGUGGCUCUACUUCCAUGGGGUAAAGCACCUUACAGUAGAAGGGGGAGGAACUGUCAAUGGCAGGGGAUGGUUAUGGUGGGCUCAAUCUUGCAAGAUCAACAAAACCAAUCCAUGCCGAAAUGCUCCAACGGCCAUUACUUUCCACAAGUGCAAGGAUUUGAAAGUCGAGAAUCUUAAGGUGGUUUGUGGUCAAAAGAUGCACAUAGCAUUCACUAAUUGUCUCAGGGUUAUGACUUUCCAUCUUAUAGUGACAUCACCUGCUGUUAGCCCCAAUACUGAUGGAAUCCACAUCAGUGCAUCCCAUGGAGUAAAGAUCAAGGAUAGUGUUGUUAGAACAGAUGAUUGCAUCUCUAUAGUCAGCAACUCUUCACGAAUCAAAAUCAGAAACAUUGCCUGUGGGCCAGGCCAUGGUAUAAGCAUUGGGAGCUUGGGAAAAUCAAACUCAUCAUCAUUGGUGCGGGAUGUAAUGGUUGAUGGAGCUUUCCUUUCAAACACUGAUAACGGGGUGCGGAUAAAAACAUGGCAGGGAGGUGGUGGUAAUGCCACAAAUAUCACAUUCCAGAACAUAUUCAUGGAAAACGUAUCAAAUCCAAUUAUAAUAGAUCAGUAUUAUUGUGAUGCAGGCGUGCCAUGUGCAAAUCAGACUUCAGCUGUUAUAGUGGAGAAUAUAUCCUUUAGGCGUAUCAAAGGAACUUCAGCAACUGAGGAAGCUAUAAAAUUUGUUUGCAGCGACGACUUCCCCUGUAAAGGACUAUACUUGGAAGAUGUUCAACUUCUGUCACACACAGGGGGAACGACAAGGUCUUUUUGUUGGCAAGCUUAUGGCUCAAGCCGGGGUCUAGUUCACCCUUCUCCUUGCUUCUCUUGCAGCGAAGGCUUCAUCAAGGAGAAAGUCCCAUCCCACCUCCUUCAGUCUUUUUGAAAACAAACUGCACAAUUUAAAUUGAUGUAUAAAAAGCCAAACUAGAAGAGAAUCAUGGUCCAUGUUUUUUAGGACUCAAUUCUCUGUGAUGGUCCAUGUUUUUUAGGACUCAAUUCUCUGUGAUAAAUUUAAUACAUAGUAAAAGUAACAGCUCGUGAGAAAGGGGAAAAUUCGCCGUGAGCUGUAAUCGUGUGUUGUUGUCGUAUAUUCUAUUUCAAUAAUCAAUAUGUACAGGUGUAUUGCAUAUACACGGAUUGAUUCAACAAGCACUGGCUAACUUUAA